AUGGAGUUCGUUAAACUGAUAGUACUGUUCUUAUGUUUUGGAACUUUUUCUACCUCUAGUAAACUGCUAUGUAAGUUUCCAGCUCAAUGGCAAAGUUCUGUUUUCUUCGAUUUUGGACUGAUGUUCACUGUACCUACCCAAGCACGUGCGUCCGGGAUUUACUACUACGACUACACCAACAACCAGACGAGACUGGACCUGAAGGGUAUAGAUCUGGCUUACAAUCAGUCCUAUGAUUACACUUACCUGUGGAAGUUCAACGAAGCCUCAGUUUACACUAUCGACUAUAUCAACAAAAGCUGUGACCGAGAGGAAACCCAUGGCGACUUCUGGCACCAGUGGCAAGGUGUGCCUGAUAAGGCGUCACUUUCAUCUCACGGAAAUAUAGGAGUUUCUCAGGAACAUUUCCAACAGUACCAGUUUUUAAAAGAUGUUGAUCAUAGUGACAAUGAAAUUGUGGCGGUGACUAUCGAUGUCAAAGAUGGUGAUGUGUGUCCUCCCAGCAGGUUAAUCAUGGAGCAGUAUGGAUUAGAUCCUUUAGGGACAUUUGCGUAUAAUUACGAAUUUUUAGACCCAACAGAGAUGAUAAAAAAUCCUGCAGUAUUCAACAAUCCCUCCAAUUGUAAAAACAUAACAACAUCGGAGAACGUCCGGAGGAACCAUCUCAUUCAUAGACGUUUCGGACCGUUAAUGGGAUAG